UGUUCAACUCCGCGGAGUCUUCAAUCCCCGCAGCGGCUCGGCACAGGCAACAUCUCAGGGAACUCGCCAACUUCCAGAGACUGCUAUGACAUCUCGCAGGUGGUUCCACCCAAACAUCACUGGAUACGAGGCAGAGCAGCUCCUGUUGACGCGGGGCGUCCACGGCAGUUUCCUGGCCCGGCCCAGCAAGAGCAAUCCCGGGGAUUUUACCCUCUCUGUUAGACGUAACGAUGAGGUGACCCACAUAAAGAUCCAGAACUCUGGAGACUACUAUGACCUGUACGGGGGCGAGAAGUUUGCAACGCUGGCAGAGCUGGUGCAGUAUUACACCGAGCAGCAGGACCUGCUGCGCGAGAGGAACGGCCAUGUCAUCGAGCUCAAGUAUCCGCUCAACUGCAAGGACCCCACCUCCGAGAGGUGGUACCACGGGCAUCUCUCCGGGAAGGAUGCGGAGAAGCUGCUCAUGGAAAAGGGCAAAGCUGGCAGCUUCCUGGUCCGGGAGAGCCAGAGCAAACCGGGAGACUUCGUCCUCUCGGUUCUCACCAACGAGGAGAAGCACGAGAACGUGGACCGCAGGACCAAGGUCACCCACGUCAUGAUCCGCUACCAGCAGGACGGCAAGUACGACGUCGGCGGCGGCGAGCGGUUCGACACGCUGGCCGACCUGGUGGAUCAUUACAAGAAGAACCCCAUGGUGGAGAAAAGUGGCAUCGUGGUUCACCUCAAACAGCCCUUUAAUGCCACCAGGAUUAAUGCAGCCAACAUUGAAAAUCGCGUGCGAGAGCUCAACAAAGUGGCGGACAACUCGGAGAAGCCCAAACAAGGCUUCUGGGAAGAAUUUGAGGUACUUCAGCAGCAGGAGUGUAAGCUGUUGUAUCCCCGGAAAGAAGGCCAGCGGCCCGAAAGCAAGAGUAAAAACAGAUACAAGAAUAUCCUCCCCUUCGACACGACCAGAGUUGUUAUCAGGGAGACGGAUCCAGACGUUCCCGGUUCAGACUACAUCAACGCCAACUACAUCAGAGUGAGUCUCUCUAGCAUGCAUGAAGACGGGCGCCAUGUGAUGGAGGGCAAAGUCUUCAUCGCCACCCAGGGCUGCCUGCAGAACACGGUCAUAGACUUCUGGAAGAUGGUGUAUCAGGAGAACACACACGUCAUCGUCAUGACUACGAAGGAGAUGGAGCGUGGCAGGAACAAGUGCGUCCGGUACUGGCCCGACCCGCAGGGCUCCCGGGAGUUCGGGAAGGUCCUGGUGAGGAACAUGGAGGAGCGGCCGGCGCAGGACUACAUCCUGAGGAAGCUGGAGGUCACGCGUCUGGACCGGAAAGAGACGCCGCGGUAUAUCUGGCACUUCCAGUACCUGAGCUGGCCGGACCACGGCGUUCCCAACGAGCCCGGCGGCGUCCUCUGGUUCCUGGAGGAGGUGAACCGAACCCAGAGCACCGUCACGGACACCGGGCCCAUCGUGGUCCACUGCAGCGCCGGCAUCGGGAGAACUGGUACCAUCAUCGUCGUCGACAUCCUCAUCGACAUCAUCAACCGCCAAGGUCUGGACUGUGACAUCGACAUCCCCAAGACCAUCCAGCGGGUCCGGCAGCAGCGGUCGGGGAUGGUGCAGACGGAGGCGCAGUACAAGUUCAUCUACAUGGCGGUGAAGCAGCACAUCGACAAAGCUCAGAGGAGGCUGGAGGAGGAGCAGAAAAAUAAAAUGAAAGAGAGGGAAUACUCCAACAUCAAAUACCCCCAGAUGACGAACUCCAGGUCCAAACACAACAUGACAUCUUCGCGCUCCUCCUCUGUGAUGACGAACGACGACUCCUCGAGCGUCUACGAGAACAUCAACUUCAAAAGUCCUCAGACGUCUUUCAGCAGCAACACGAGGAGGUGAAGCUGCGGCGGCGGAACCUUCGCUCCGCUCCGACCUGCAGAGCCCUCCGGCGGAGGUGUGGCUUCACCAGCAUCUGAAAGUCCCACCUGGGGGGGGCGGAGGUGUGCAGCGCUCUACCAGCCUGUGGUCACAUGACCAUCACCUCAUGGAUUCUCAGUCUGGAGUCGACCCGACCCGUGUGUAGGUCGGGGGUUGGUCUGCAGCGUCCAGCCCCCCCUCUCUCCACCAGCACAAGUGCCUUGUGACGCGUCCGUCGUCCAGCUCAACCUGCUGCCCCGUCUCUGCUGGAGGGGGACGGACCCCCCCCGUCCUGAACUCACCUGGAGCCCUGGGAUCCCGGGGGGGCCGAGGUCGGACCCGCCGCUCACCCCCCCUCGCUCUCGUCUCUGCCGUCUGAACUCUGACCUCAGACUCUCUCUCUCCAGCUGUGGCUGUUAUUACCGGCUGCUGAGUGACGGCCAGGGUUACGCAACCCCCCCCCCCCCUCCUUACUGUUUGUCAUUUUAAUUUUGGGUGUAAAGGUGAACUAUUCUAUUUAUUUAAUUUUUAUUUGCAUCAUUAUUUUCUUGUUUUCUUUUCUUUUCUUUUCUUUUAGAUAAAAGUGUGGGAGUUGGAUGUUUUCCUCGACGCUCGCUCUUGUAAAUGAAACAAAUCAAAGCUGUUCAGUCAAUGUUCUUUGACAAAAAACGCUGAUUACAGGGAAGCUUCGCUCUGUCCUCUCGUUUCGGUCCCCGGGGCCCCGCUGGGAGGAAAAUUACUCAUUUGUUUUCCCUUUUUUUUCACGUGUUUCCCUCGAGCUCUAUCAUGAUUGAGUGUGUUUCAGUUGAUGAUUUUGUAAUUAUGGUUGUGCAACAUGUGAAAUGACGGUUAAAAGAACAUUUUAGACGCCCGUGUGAGAUUGCGCUCGGGGACGUUUUGCCGAGGCGGCGACGACUCCCCCCCCGGUUGUGUUUGGGGAGGGGCCCUGAACGGACAGCAGGGGAUCUGGCCCGCGCCGCCGUCGUCCUCUCGGCCCGGCCGCCCUCCUUAAUCAGCGGCUCUGACGCGGUUCAGCAUCUGUCAGGCGGGAUCGCCGCGAGGCGACGAGGAAAAAAGGGCCGAUUACGACGGACCAGAUGGCCGUCCGCCCGAGAUUGAAGAAUAGAUUUGUCUUCAAAAAGUAAUUUAGAAAGAUGGCCGUAAUCCAGGCUUGAUGAAAGCGGCGUUGGUAAGCCGGAGCCAUUGAUGAAGGGACGGCGGGGAAGUUCUUUGUGCCAUCGAGCAGAUUGUUGGCUAUUUUUAGCCUCCGGAUCCGGAGCACGAAAAUAUCCCGCUUUGAUUUAAGAGUAGAUUCACUGAUCAGCCACAAGUUUAAAACCUGGAACGGGUGACGUCACCGACGCCGACGGCUGCUGACCUGACGUAUCCCUCCGCCGCCCGGCAGGACGACGCCCCCGGCGCCACGUGGACUUCUCAGGAUUCAAGCAGGUUUUUUUUGUUUUUUUGUGCCUGAUCAGUGGCUUUUUACCUCAAAACCGCGUCCGAGUGAUGAACUCAGGUUCGGGUUUUCUGAUAAUCCCUUUAAUUGAAGCACAAAUUGGCUCCAUUUCUGUUUAGAUCAGGGCUCGGCAACCCGCGGCUCCAGAGCCGCAUGCGGCUCUUUAGCGCCGCCCUAGUGGCUCCUGGAGCUUUUUCAAAAAUGUUUGACCUUCUUUUUCCUUUCUUUUUUUUCUUUUUUCCCUUUUUUCUCUUUUUCUUUUUUUUCCUUUUUUUCUCUUUUUUCUUUUUCUCGACAUUUUGACUUUUUUCUCGAAAUUUUGACUUUUUUAUCAACAUUUCGACUUUUUUCUCAACAUUUUGACUUUUUUCUCAACAUUUUGACUUUUUUCUCCACAUUUCGACUUUUUUCUCGACAUUUCGACUUUUUCUGAACAUUUGACUUUUUUCUCUAAAUUUUGACUUUUUUCUCUAAAUUUUGACUUUUUUAUCAACAUUUUGACUUUUUUCUCAACAUUUUGACUUUUUUCUCGACAUUUUGACUUUUUUCUCGACAUUUUGACUUUUUUCUCGACAUUUCGACUUUUU